GGGCCUCUACUUUCUAACUACUAUGUCUUCAGCAGUAGCUCUUAUGUCUCAAACCAUCUGAAGAGGCCCAAAGGUUUUGUAGUCUGAAGAACAGAAAGUCAGACUGAUGGAUGCUGGGAUGUCAGGUUGCAAAGUGGAUGGCGGUGGUGGCGGCGGUGCAGUUCUGCGGAGGUCCCAGGCCAAGGAAGGGGUGGCCCAGCGAGAAGAAGAACAAGAAGAAGAUGGAGAUGAAGAUCUCCGAGAUGGAGGAGUUCCUUUCUUUGUGAAUCGUGGAGGGCUUCCUAUCAAUGAGGCCACCUGGGAAAGAAUGUGGAAGCAUGUGGCCAAGAUCCACCCUGAGGGAGAAUUAGUAGCUCUGAGGAUCCGGGGAGCCACUGAUCUACCCAAGAUUCCCAUACCAAGUGUGCCUAUGCUACAGCCAUCCACUCUUAUCCCUGAGCGCCUGGAAGCUAUACAGCGCUAUAUCAGGGAGCUUCAGUACAAUCACACUGGGACGCAGUUCUUUGAAAUCAAGAAAAGCAGGCCUUUGACUGGGCUGAUGGAUCUGGCCAAAGAAAUGACAAAGGAAGCCCUGCCAAUCAAGUGUUUGGAGGCUGUGAUCCUAGGAAUUUACCUCACCAACAACAUGCCAACACUGGACCGCUUCCCCAUCAGUUUCAAAACCUACUUCUCAGGGAACUACUUCCACCAUAUUGUGCUGGGAGUGAACAUUGGGGGCCGCUAUGGGGCACUUGGCAUAAGUCGACGUGCGGAUCUCAUGUACAAAGCCCCCACUUUCCGCACACUGAGUGAGCUUAUCUUUGACUAUGAGGAGGCGUAUCGGUGCUGCUGGCAUACCCUCAAAAAGGUGAAGCUUGGCCAGUGUGUGUCCCAUGAUCCACACAGUGUGGAGCAGAUUGAAUGGAAGCAUUCCAUCUUGGAUGUGGAGAAGCUGAGCCGUGAGGACUUCCGCAAGGAGCUCGAGAGACAUUCCCGUGACAUGAGACUAAAGAUCAGCAAAGGAACUGGGCCACCAUCACCCACCAAGGAUAGGAAAAGGGAUGUACCAUCCCCACAGCGAAGCCAAUCCAGUCCACAUCGCCGCAACAGCCGAACCGAAAGGCGACCAUCUGGAGAGAAGAAACCUGCAGAGCCCAAAGCCAUGCCUGAUCUUAAUGGUUACCAAAUCAGAGUAUAAAGAUCUUCUCAUUUGUGGGCCAUUUGGUGGAGAGCAUUUGGACCAGCACCACCUAUGAGGUGUGGAGUGUGGGAGGGGACGCAGAGCGUACGAAGUGCUUAUUUCCCAAGGUACUCCUUAACUCUGGGUUGCAUCCUGUGAAUUAGAGGAUAUCCAUUUCUGUGAAUUAUAUCAGGAACUGUUUCUAAAUGCACCAACUAAACAAAAAAAUUUAAAUAGCAGAUCUUCCACCAAUUAUUCAGUGUUCUACAUAUUGGCGAGGGAAAGAUACAUUUUGCAAAAUAGCAGUAAAAGUCCUUUCUGUGCUGUUUCUCAGCCCACACAGAACUGGGAUGCUUUUGACUUCAAAAAGGCCCAUGAUGGGCUCUAUGUCUCCUCUCUGCUUUUGAAGGAAUCCAGUUAGCAGGAGGUCUCAGGAGACAGAUGGGCUAGAAGCAAAAAAUACUCCUAUGGAAGAAUUUCUUAAUUUGUAUUUUCUGAGAAUUUUAAUAUUUUUAAUAACUUGGGGAGUGGGGAAAAGCAUACUGUAUUGUUGCAUAUGCUCUAAAAUCACCAAUUUGAUCCAUGUGUUUUUGUUUCAAAUAAUGGAUUGCCUGGGAUGAAAGCCCACAUCGUGCCACUCCCACUGCAGACUUGCUGGUUGGAUCUUCAAGACAUACAUUUUGUAAAUAGGAGGUAGAUUAGGGACUGCCUGUGUUUUGGGGCAUGGAUGUCAGAUGAAUAUGAUAGCUUAAUUGGCUUGUCAUGGCAGUACCCCAUUGUGAUGCAUUCUAGAGAUUAUUUGGAAACUAAGUUUCCAUUUUCUUCACUUUCUGGUGCUAUUCUAGAAUUGACUGUUGUUAGAGUAUUAGAACCUUUCAGGUGGCAGCAGAACAGCCCCAACCUGACACUCUCCGUACAGGUAGUCCUCACUUAAUGACCAUUUGUUUAGUGAUGGUUCAGACUUACAAUGGUGCUGGA